AUGUCGCAUCUCCGCGCUUUCAGACGGUCUCAACCAGAACUCCCAACCAACCCACCAAGCCCGCUUCGUCAUGGCUCAACGGCAUCAACGGAUUCCUCCGUUUAUUCUUCCUAUUCAAACUCCCUUGUGCCCAGCCGUACAAGUACUUUGUCGUCGAACUCGUCUGGCGGAUUCUUGUCAGAUUCGAACACUCAAAAGGGAAUGGUGAGCAGAAUCGGGGAACAAUUUCAACGAGCAUCCACCCCGCCAAGUGCUGGCGAGACCUAUGGAAGCAUUCGUCGCUCGCUGCGCUCACUUCCACAGGCACCUAAUCGCGCUUCUCCUCCACCAGAACGGGUCAGUCGACAGCGCAGCCAGACAAUGACGAACUCGAUAUUUCAACAUGACAGUAUACCGAAUGGAAAACCUGCCAAGAUCGAGACUUACGAUGAAGGCGGAAGUUUGCGACUACAGGAAAACAUUGGCAGGGCGGAGCAGGAAUCUUCUCCUUACAGUCGACGACAACAUAUCCGUACCCAAUCCACCCCUCAUGUUCCAGCCUUACCAACGUCAUUUACAGCACCAGAACUUGAAACUCUUCAGAAAUCCUCCACUGGACAUUUGCGGACUCUUUCAAGGUUUGCGCAAACUGAAAGCGAAGAUUUUGCCAUGGCGUCCGCUGUUCCUUCAGUUGCUGGUUUGCAGGGGCGUCGUCGACUUAAGCGUGCAGACUCAAUUCGGGCCUCAAAAUCUACAGCGGAUUCUCAGAAGAUCACAGCAUCUGCGUGGACGGAAAGUAGCUGGAUUGACAAACAACGGCAAUUUAUACAAGCUUACGAGUAUCUAUGUCAUAUUGGAGAAGCCAAGGAAUGGAUUGAAGAUGUCAUUCACAGGACUAUCCCGCCCAUUGUCCAACUUGAAGAGGCUCUUCGGGAUGGGGUCAUACUCGCCGAAGUGGUACAAGCCUUGUAUCCUCACCGGACAUUCCGCAUAUUCAGACAUCCCAAAUUGCAAUACCGUCAUUCUGAUAAUAUUGCUCUCUUCUUCCAGCUCCUCAGGGAGAUCGAACUCCCGGACUUAUUUUGGUUUGAGAUGAUCGACUUGUACGAAAAGAAAAACCUUCCGAAAGUGAUACAUUGUAUUCAUGCUUUGUCUUGGCUACUAUACAAGAAAGGGAUCGUUGACUUCCGUAUCGGGAACUUGGUUGGCCAGCUGGAGUUUGAACAUCAUGAAUUGGAACAAGUGCAGAGAGGUCUUGAUAAGUCAGGAGUUCCUAUGCCUAGUUUCUCUGGCAUGGGCGCAAGCUUCGGCGCGGAACCAGAACCAGCGCCAGAACCCGUCGAGUCGGAGGAGGAUAGGGUUCGUAGAGAGCUCCAUGAGAACGAAGCCAUUAUUUCGGACUUCCAAUCUCAGAUAAGGGGAGCGUUUGUGCGCCUGAGGCUUGGCAACGUCAUGCAGGAGUUGUGGGAUAAUGAGAGUGCAUUGAUCGACCUACAAUCAAGGAUACGAGGAGAAUGGUCCAGGGAAAUAAUGAACUACCGAUUAAGCAUGCGACGGUUUGCUGUGAAUUUGCAAUCAUCGGCACGAGGAUUCUUGGUUCGAAUGAGAUCUCAACAUAGUGAAAAAUACUGGAGAGAGAACGAGGCAGAUAUCCUGAUGCUUCAAAGUGUUGUUCGUGCAAAUAGGAUUCGUUCGGACGUUCAAUUACUGAGAACCAGAGCCAGAAAAGAGGAAUCUGGCAUUAAACGCAUCCAAGCAGCAAUCAGAGGAGCCUUGGCUAGAAGUCAAAUAGAUGACCAGUGUGAACAAACCAAAGAUGCCGAAAUGGAAGUUCUAUCCCUCCAGGCCGCGGUUCGAGGCAUGUUAGAACGACACCGAGUUUCUCGAGAUAGAUUAUCCCUAGAAAAGGGAGCUCACCAGAUAACAGUGCUCCAAUCUGCGAUUAGAGGUCUUUUUGAGAGAAAGCUUUACGAUUCCCAGAAGCUUCGAUUAGCGAAAAUGAGUGAUCAGUGGAUCACUUUCCAGUCCAUUGUCCGAGGCACUGCUGCCAGAGGAAGCUUUCAGGGUCUUCGAGCGGAACUGAAAGCCCAACUUCCAUCGAUUAUCAAAGUUCAAAGCGCUCUACGUGGUACUUUUUUGCGCACCUCCGUGGCAGCCAUUAUAAAUGCACUUCACGAUAACGAGGAGAAUAUCCUUACCUUUGAAUCUCUAUCCAGGGGUUUCCUUUUGCGGAAACGUCGACUACAAGACCAAAAUGCCCUCCUGUUGCAAAAUUCUGUGAUCACCAACCUACAAUCUCUUUCGCGCGCUGCCAUGCUAAGAAUAGAAAUCGGCGAUUUGCUCUGCGAGCUCGAAACAUCAAGGGACGAGGUCACUCAGCUCCAGGCCCUUGUUCGUGCGAUGUUUGUUAGGCUUGAUGUUGGCCAGGUUUUAGCCGAGCUGGAGGUAGAAGAACACAUAAUAGUUGACUUCCAGUCCAAUAUUAGAGGCCUUCUUGUGCGACAGCGCUUUGCUGAGAAACAGCGCUUUUAUCGGGAAAAUAUGGAGAAAGUAAUAAAGGUUCAAAGUUUUGUGAGAGCUAAGAUCCAAGGAGAAGCUUACAAAAGCUUGACUAGCGGAAAGAAUCCUCCGGUUGGAACCAUCAAGGCUUUUGUGCAUCUGCUUAACGACAGCGAUUUCGAUUUCGAUGAAGAAAUUGAAUUUGAACGUCUGAGGAAAACAGUUGUGCAGCAGGUACGGCAGAAUGAAAUGGCGGACCAAUAUAUUACGCAAUUGGAUAUCAAAAUUGCCCUUCUGGUGAAAAACAAGAUUACGCUCGAUGAAGUCGUGAAACACCAAAAACAUUUCGGUGGCCAUGUCGGAGCGCUACUCCCUAAUUCUGACCUAUCAUCUAAAGAUCCAUUUGACCUGAAAGCUUUGAACAAGACAUCGAGACGGAAACUCGAGCAAUAUCAGGAACUCUUCUUCGUUCUUCAGACGCAACCGCAAUAUCUUGCCAGGCUUUUCAGGCGCAUACGAGAGCAGGCUACCUCAGAAAAAGAAUGCGAGCGAAUCAAGCAUCUAGUCAUGGGAUUAUUCGGUUACUCACAGAAGAGGCGCGAAGAGUACUACCUGAUAAAACUUCUUGUGCGGUCCGCAAAAGAGGAGAUCAAUCACGCAUUUUCACUUCAAGAUUACACCAGGUGCAAUGCUUUCUGGAACAAAUUAUUCGCCGCCUAUACGAAGUCUCCGAAGGAUCGGAAGUUCAUGCGUGAUAUCCUAGGCGAACUUGUCAAGGAGCAUAUUAUCGAAAACACUGAACUUGACUUGGAAAGCGACCCUAUGCAGAUCUAUCGCUCCGCUAUUAGUAAUGAAGAGCUGCGUACUGGCAGGAAGAGCAGGCGCAGAAUCGAUGUUCCUAGAGAAGAGGCGAUUAGGGAUCCUGAAACGAGGGAAACAUUUAUUCGUCAUUUGCAGGAUCUUCGUGACAUUGCAGACCAGUUUUUUACAUCGCUAGAAGAAUAUCUGCCUCGAAUGCCGUUUGGGGUGCGAUUUGUUGCACAGCAGAUUUACGAACAUCUCUUGUCCAAAUUUGAGAAUGAGGAUCAUGGGUACGUUCUGCAGGUUACUGGGCAAUGGGUUUGGAAAAAUUACUUGUAUCCAGCGGUUCUGGAACCAGAGAGAUGUAGUGUAGUAGAUCGUGGCUUAACUCAGGAGCAAAAACGGAAUCUUGGUGAGAUCAGCAAAGUGAUAGCGCAGGUAGCGUCAGGUCGCCUUUUUGGUAACGAAAACGUAUAUCUUCAGCCGCUGAAUAGUUGGGUUGGGGAAGCGAUCCAGCGGUUAGGAACUAUAUGGGGUAAACUGAUUACUGUGCAAGAUGCGGAGUCGUAUUUCGAUAUCGAUGCCUUUAAUGACCUAUAUGCCAAAGCCAAACCAACACUCUAUAUAAAACUGUCUGACAUAUUCUCGAUCCAUCAACUUGUUGCUGCAGAGAUAUCCAACAUAUGUGUCGACCCAGAUGACCCUAUCAGAGAAGCCAUUCGCGAUUUGGGCAGUGUGAAGAGCAACGAAAAUGAGCUCAUGAGUGUGAGCUCAUCGGAAAUUAGUCUGACAUUAACGCCCAAACUGCACAAUGUUGAAGGCUCUUUUUAUGGAAACCAAACGGUAAGACGAGCGCAGUGCUGGUAUGCGCUCGUUCGGGACGAGCUAUCCUCGAGCAGUCGCAAACGUGGAGCAUAUUCGGAUUCAAACACCCUAAUCGACAUCGGGUCCAUGAGCUACCAGGAACUAAAGAGUACUGCGUUGGAAAACAUUCUGCGCCUGGAGCAAGCAGGGCGUAUAUCACGACGUAACAACUAUCAGGACCUUUUGAAUGCCAUCGCAGUGGAUAUCAGAACAAAACAUCGCCGGAGGAUACAGCGUCAACGGGAGUUAGAAAGCGUCCGGCUUACUCUUGAGCGAUUGAACGACCAGAGCGUAUAUUUGGAGCAGCAACUGAAGACAUAUAACGACUAUAUCGAGCAAGCCAUGAUAACUCUGCAGAAUAAGAAAGGGAAAAAACGUUUCCUUAUGCCAUUCACUAAACAAUGGGAUCAUGAACGUGAACUACAGCGAUCAGGGCGUGUCUUCAAGUUCGGGUCAUUUAAAUAUUCGGCCCGAAAUCUCUCCGAGAAGGGAGUCCUUUUAUAUUGGAAAGGAUACACCGAGCGGCAGUGGGAUCGAGUUGAUCUUACGAUUUCCAGCAACGAAGUUGGGGUUUUCACUAUCGAUGGAAGUUGCGGCAAUAUGAUGAUUCCAGGCGCCAACGCACAGAUUCCGCUAGAUGAUCUUCUCCAGGCGCAAUUCAACAAUACGCAAUUCAUGGACUUUUUUGAGGGGGCACUGCGGGUGAAUGUGAAUUUGUUUUUGCAUUUGAUUAUGAGGAAGUUUUAUAACGAGUAA